AUGAACAAUAAAGACCCAGCCUUCAGUCUGCCGCUGCAGAUGUGUCUUCUGGGGCCUGCCGCCAAGUUUUCAGCCUUUGGAAACUCGGACUUUCUCCUCUCUAUUGGGACCUGCAGUCAUGUGGCCAGCGUGGAGGACUUCCCGACCCUGUCGCCAGUCCACCUCUACGGCUGUGUGUAUGUGGAACCUGGCUGGGUGGAAAGCCCGCCUGGGACCCUGCUGCCAGCUGCUGCGGAAAACACUGAGUUUCUCAGUAGCCAUGAAGAGGAAAAGUGCCAGUUCAAACUGGACAAAGGAGAUGUUCUUUUCAGGAACCUCUUCAUCUUGCAACUGGUGCAACUGGUGCUAACUUACAACUUUUCUAACUGUAACUUCGAGAAGAUUUUGGAAAUAUAUCGUGCAACGAUUUUUCCUGACCUGCUUGGAGAUUUGAAUGGGAUCGUGACCACGUUUGACCAAAUCGAGGACUGUGACUCCAGGCCAGAUUGUCUUUUGAAAAUCGAGUACCAUACUCUCAAUCCUAUCCCCGGCUGCUCAUCACUCUCCGAGAAAGCAUUCGCCUUGAAAACGAAAGAGGCCCUCAUUAACCACUGCCCAGGCUACUCUGAAACUGAGAGAAACAAUACUCAGGAACUGACACAAGAAGUCAAAAUCGUCUGCCGGAAUCACACCUCACAAAUUCUAGGAUUGUGGCUUUCCUUCAUUCAAUCUCCAUGACAAAAUUAGCUUUCGGUUUAUACUAUGAAACUAUAUAUCUUGUUUUUAGUACAUAUAAUACUAAGGGUGUGACACUAAAAAGAACACUAAUGUUUAUUCUUUAAUUACAGAAGAGAUUCUUAACUUAUUUUUUUGGCAUAUCGCUGUUGUUUAGUGUAGGUGCUUUAAAAUGGGAAAGGAGCAUUACCCCUUUAAUGGAAAUAUCUGUACUGUUAAUGACCGGCUUCGGAGCAGUCUUUCUCACCUCCCCUGUGGAAGGGAAUUGAAAGUAGAAAAAAUGUUGAAACCAAUGACAGCUUCUAAAAUCCAUUUAAAAGGCAAGAAUUUUUCUACCUGUAAUGAUUCUUUUAACAUUGCUAUGCUAAGAUUUUUACUAAAGAAGAAAAUGAUGGUGAAGGAAAGUGACUGUCACUGCCAUGAUGAAGCGGUCUGAAAGAAGCUUGUAAAUCCAGCUAUAAAAGGGAUCAGACCCACAACAGCAGGAUGCAUGAGCAGAUCUGCAAGGGCCUUGUGCAGCUACGAAAUAUGUAUUUAAAGUUGUACAUAAUGAAUUUCUAAUUUAUAUUGUG